UGAACGUUCCCUGCCCACGUUAUACUCAGCUGACCCGCCGUGGUUUUAUUAUGCUCGCUGCAAUAGCUAGAGUAGGCCUUUGCUCAGUACAUCAACGAGUUUUCACUGGAUUGAAUAAUAUAGCCCUGGUCCAACACCAAAACAUGUCUUCAAACGCCAAAAUCCCGAUCACGCUACUGGGAUCGAUGGCAUUUGGGGGGCGCGCUGACGCGGAGUUGAGUGAGAAAAUGGUGAAAGCUUUCCUGGACCGUGGACACAGAGAGUUAGAUACAGCAUUCAUGUACACAGAUGGACAGGCAGAGACGAUUAUUGGUGGAAUGGACCUACCCAAGAAUGUGAGUAUCGCAACCAAAGCAAACCCAUGGGAUGGAAAGACCCUGAAGCCGGAGAGUGUUCGCUCGCAGUUAGAGACGUCUCUGAAAAGGCUACACACACAGUGUGUGGACAUCUUUUACCUGCAUGCUCCAGACCACCAGAAUCCCAUAGUGGACACACUUCGAGCCUGCAAUGAGCUGCACAAGGAGGGAAAGUACAAGGAGCUUGGUUUAUCUAACUAUGCAUCCUGGGAGGUUGCAGAAAUCUACUGCAUAUGCAAACACAACAACUGGGUUCUUCCCACAGUCUAUCAGGGCAUGUACAAUUCCACCACAAGACAGGUGGAGACAGAACUGCUCCCAUGUCUUAGAAACUUUGGCAUGCGCUUCUAUGCAUACAACCCUCUGGCAGGCGGCCUCCUCACGGGGAAGUAUCACUACGAGGACAAAGACACAAGCCAGCCUGCUGGCUUUUUUGGCAACAACUGGGCAGGAGCCUACAGAGAUCGAUAUUGGAAAGAGAGCCACUUCCAAGGAGUUGACCUAGUUCGGAAGGCACUGGAAGCGGCAUAUGGCACAAACAAACCCACUCUUACCUCAGCCGCUAUCCGCUGGAUGUACCACCAUUCUCACCUCAAGGGAGAGCUUGGCGAUGGCAUGAUCAUUGGCAUGUCUACCAUGGAGCAGCUCCUUGAGAACCUCAAUGCCUCCGAAGAGGGUCCUUUGAAGGUAGAGGUGGUGGAGGCCUUCAAGCAGGCCUGGGACUUAGUCGCCCACGAGUGUCCCAACUAUUUCCGCUAAAGGCACCAGGGUAAGCCUGCUUAUUAGGGAUCUGGGAGGACUGAACUGGACAUGAGAAGAUGGCCACACACUGAGGACUUGAGAUGUGAAUCAAUUCCCCAUUGGUAUUUUUUUCAAUCUAUGCAAGACAGUGGAUAUUAAUCUAUUCCUGGUUGUGGAAAAAUUGCCUUAAUUAUGACAAGCUGCAGUUCACAGACAUAGAAGUCAUUUUAGGUGGCUGCACUGUACUACAGUUCAGCAUUGUUGGCUGCAAAAAUGUGAUGAAUUUAUGGAGAUUGGACAGUUGCUAUACAAGACGCUCUACUUCUUUGUUUCCAAUAUUAUUAAAAGUCUAAUUUUCUAUG